UAUACCUACAUUAUAUAAUAAUUGGUGGGUCCUACUUGGGGGAGUGAACCCAACCAACAUCGGUAUAAUAUUAUCAAAAGCUCAAUCUGCAUCUAAAAUUCAAGAUAGAAGAUAUGUUUGGUCAACUUGAGCAUGAGUUAGAGAUGCACGUGCCAGCUAGUGAAGCAUGGGAUCUCUUUGGUGGCCUUGGUAUUGGAAAACUGGUUGAGAAAGAGAUGCCGGAAAAAUUUCAGAUGGUGGAGCUAAUUGAAGGAGAUGGAGGGGUUGGAACUAUUCUCAAACUCACAUUCACUCCGGUUUCACCUGGCCCAACUGGUUUAAACGAGAAGUUCAUCAAGAUAGAUACUGAAAAACGCAUCAAAGAAAUAGAAGUAGUUGAAGGUGGAUACUUGGAUUUAGGAUUCACACUAUAUAGAAUUCGUUUAGAAGUGAUAGAGAAAGGGGAAGAAUGAAGCAUAAUGAAAACUACAAUAGAGUA